UCAUGACCGUAAUUAGAAAACCAGUCCGCAAAUAAUGCACAUCGUUGAUUCUACCCUCCCCGCUCAUACACAAAAAGCUUUAUGGACUGCACUUCAACUUCAACGCGUAGAGCGUAACCAUAACAGCGGGUAUAAACAUAAUGGCUGUAAUUCAAUGCACGUGCAUGGUUGCAUAUCAUUUAGGAGCAUAUAGCUAGCAUGGAGUAUUCGUCACUUCGCCUUUGGAAACCAAGUUUCAGAAUGAGAUACGUUUCUUCAUAAUAUUAAUGGUCAUAAAGGCAUGCAUUGGAUCUCUGAUCUGAUCGAAAGACAUUGUUACUUCAUAUAUAUAAUAUAUAAUCGCUUUAUAGGAAGUGAUUUGCACAAGCGUGACCAUUAAUACUCAAUAAUAUCGUAAAUAAAAUGGCCGAGAAAUUCGACGAGUUGAAGGAGUACAUUGAGAAGAACCCCUCGAAGCUGAACGAGCAUCUACCUCGAAUCUUAGAGGAAAUCAAGAAGGAUGACACAGGGGAUUUCAUCAAGGAGUUAAAUUAUGUAAUUCGGGAUGAGGUGAUGGAUGCAGUCAAGGCAGCGAAGAACAAGCAUGAACAGAUAAUGGCUGAAAUAUGUGUGGAAUGCAUGAAAAAGAAGACUGAGUUGCAUCUUGCCAGGGCCAAGGAUAUAUUUGACGCGAAAACGGUUAUCAAAUGGAAGGGCCACGUGGGCGCCAUCGAAAGGAUUCUUCAAGAUCUUGCGCAACCAAUCGAAUGGGUGCCCACGGACCGCGAGAAGAGAGACAUGGAACAGGGUGAAGAGAAGAACCUGUCCUGGUGGGAGUCGGGUAAACAUCUCAAGAAAACCAUUGAGGAGAUGAUCGAAGCAUUCAGUCGAGACAACAUUCUGAAGAAAGUUGCGGGAUCUUUUCUGCACCUCCUGACGGCGUGUAUGGAGAGUGCUUCUGACAUGCACAUCGUUGUGGCGCUUGGUAUAGUCGAAACCACCGAAAUGACAUGGGAGGGUACUGAAAAGCUGAUCCCUGACGUACUCGAAGCCUUUCUUAAAUGGCUUCGUCGGGAAGACACGGAUUUCGAGGGAAACCUCGAUCACAAGUACUUAGGACAUGAGAUUCCAGACUGGGACCUGCUAGAGAAUGCUGGAAAAUCAAGCGUGGCUCCCUUGAAGAAUCUCAUGGAAUAUUGUCUGGAACAAGAACUGGAGGGAGACGGGCUGCGUAAUAAACUCUCAGUCCAUGGGAAUAUUCUUCGUAAAAUCAUUUCAGGAUUCAUCGAUAAGAAAAAGGACAAUGUCAAGCUGUACCGGGAUCUCUUCCCAUACGUCGUGAAGCUUCUCAGUUGUGACGUCAAGGACUUGGAGGAAGUGGCUGCAGAAGCCAUUGGGUUACCAGAAAUCUAUGACAACGGGGAGCUCCUGGCUCCAUAUGGAGAUGCCAUAGCCGACGCCUAUCUUGAUGACAAGUGCAAAGGCACAUCAGCUGGUCUGGCCCUGAACAGCUUAUUUCGGGUUAACCCGGAAGUUGUUCUCUCACGAAUAGACCGUAUCGUUGUACUGCUGGAAGAUAUGGGAACAGAUGACAAAAUGUACCUUUAUAUGCUUCUCUAUGACGUCAGCCAACAGAAUUCAAAGGUCUUGGUACCUCACAUCGAUCUAAUGUUUGAGGACGUCUGCCACCCAUCCCUGAUGCAUUUCUGUCUCAUGACCCUGGCUAACAUCUCCCUCAAACAUGCCGAGAAGUUCGUCAAGCACGUAGACAGGUGUGUUAAAGCAUGGGAACAGAACCCGAAUGGAGCUGCUUCUGCUUCCAAGGCCAUCUCCAGUGUCGGAUGCCUCAACAAGAAAGAGGCUGGCAGAUGUUUGAAGAUCUUGUUCACCAAGCUGAAGAGCAUCGAUCCCAUGUGGACCGGUGUAGUCCUCAUGGAGGUCAAAAGGAUAGGUCAGGCCCACAAGGAAUGCCUGGCCGUUUACAAGCCCAACAUUGUGAAGCUUAAGAAGUGCCAACAGAUUGGGGUGCCCGAUCUUGUCCUGGCCCUGAUUGAUUUCCUGGAAGGCAGAAGCCUUCUGGGGCUAACUGAAGAUGUGGCCGAGCAGAGAGAAGACAUUGACGACUUAGACAAUCGGGUGACGACGACAGAAAAUGACGUUUCGAGAAUUGACGAGACCGUGGCCCAGCAGAGCGAGGAUAUCCAAAAUGUAAAGAGCGAAGUCAACGACCAGGGCGAAAGACUUGAUGAGCUGAAAGAAGUCGUGGACGAGACAGUGGAGAAAGUCGAGGAGAUCGACCAUAAGACUAUUACCAACGCACCGAAAUGGUCACGUGACGUCUCGAAGCUGUUAAACCCCGAGCAUGAACAUGACUGGCGGUUCCUGGCCGUACGGCUCGGCUACUCGGGUAAGGACAUCCGCAACUGGGCCCUGUCACCUGACCCUACCAUGGCCAUCCUGGCCGAGUGGUACACCACUCACAAGAGCAGCGACGCCACCUAUGCCAUACUCAGCGCGCUGGAAGACAUGGGAAGAACCGAUGCAGCGGAAAUCAUCACGCAGUCUUUAGAAGAAGCAGAACUGCUUGUGCCAAAAGCACCCUCGGACGAAUCUGGGAAGCCCCCGACCGUCUUCUUGAGCUACCAGUGGGACCACCAGCCCGAAGUGAAGGCCAUCAAGAAGCAUCUCGAGAUGGCAGGGUUUCCUUGCUGGAUGGACAUUGGGCAGAUGGGUGGCGGAGAUCAGUUGUUUGCUAAGAUCAGCCAGGGUAUGAGGUCAUCCAAGAUGGUGCUCUGUAUGGUGACUGAGAAAUACUCAAACUCCGAGAACUGUAACAAAGAAGUGAAUCUCGCCAAUCUACUGAACAAACCAAUCAUUCCCGUCCUCAUCGACCAAACCAAGUGGCCUCCAGAGGGCGCCAUGAGCAUGCUCUUUGCACAGCUGCUCUACAUCCAGUUCUUUAACGAGAAAGAAUACGUGAGAGGAGAAAAGUUCUGGGAGGAUGCCAAGUUCUCGGAACUCUUGGGUCAGAUAUCCUACCACGCUACCCCUGAUGAGAGCAUGGUGUCUGAUGAGUACCGAGAUUGGAUCCCGCAGGUAGAGGACGAUCCAGUCACCGUGAAGAAGGUAUCAGGAGAUGCAGAGAACUCGCCAGUGCAGCAACAGAGCCAUGCCACGGAGACUUCGGAACCCCCGUCAGUAUUCAUUUCGUACCAAUGGGACAAGCAGACUGAGAUCAAGAGACUGUUCUCACGUCUCACUGGUCUAGGAUACCACUGCUGGUUGGACAUCAAUCAGAUGGGUGGUGGGGAUCCACUCUACUCCAAGAUCGAUAAGGGAGUGAGAAAUGCCAAGGUCGUCAUUUCUUGCGUGACCCCAAAGUACGCCCUCUCCGCUAACUGCAGACGAGAAGUGAGUCUCUCGGACGCGCUCCGCAAACCCAUCAUUCCUCUGCUGCUUGAAGAGAUGACAUGGCCACCAGAAGGACCAAUGAGCAUGACCUUUACCCAGCUUCUUUACAUCGAUUUUACCAAGGAGACGAGCCAGGCCAGGUUCGAGGAUGAAAAGUUCGAUGAACUCAUCGAGAAGAUGAAUGAGCUUGCGCAGCCGAUGAUUGAGGUUAUGCCUGCUAAUGAGGAGAGAAAGGUCGAUGAGAAUCUGCAAACAACUACGCCAAAAGCAGAAGGAAAAGAGACGACCCUCACGGGUAACGAUGCUACAUCUCUUGGUGAACAGCCGACACCACUUCAACACGAUGAUCAGUCCGAAGAUAGCAACUCAUCGAGGCCUCCGUCUGGGAAAAUGAACAGAAAAUCUUCGACAUGCUUGCUUCUUUGAUGCAUUCUGAAAGACUUUAAAGCCCCUCUGUCCUAAUUGUAGCUACUUGCUCCCUCUAUAUAGAAAACUUCCCCAAUCGAUGCCUGUUGGUCCCGCAUGAUCCUCUUUUUCUUAUGCUAGUUGAGAGCUGAGUUAAUGAGAUAGCCACCUGUCAGUGACCUCGCUGUGUGGUCUUAUCCCUUCUGGCUCAGUAUUGUUGACGGUCUUUAAAGGCAGGUUAUACUACUGGCACUAUUUCAGAUUUAGGUCCACUGCUAUCUACUGCUCAAAAUGUCCUGAUGUGUCGAAAGCCAUGUCCCACAAUGCAUCACUAACCGAUGACGCGAACGUGAUGAUGGUUUGGUAUAGGAACCGGAUAUUGCUCUAUGUACACCUUCCCCGAAAGAUGGCGCAAUUGAAAAUAUAUUACAUCAGUGGUAGCGAUGUCGCUAAAUCUUUGAUAAUGACUUUUAGAUUUGUAAAGCGGAACAAUCUUUUCCUGAUAUUUAAGGUGCAAUAAGGACUGAAUAUGCUUGCCCCUGUGGCAAUCUAUUAUUUAUUAGAGAUAUUUAGGUUUACAUGUUAGACAAAAAUAAAUCGGAAGAUAAUCGACAAAUAUGAUAUUCUUCUUCUUGCAUAGAUUUGAAUGUUCCGUCCAUUUCUACAUUGAAUCAAACAUACAUUGUUGCCCACAAUGCUGUAAUAAAUUUACUUCAAUCCUAUUUUCAUGAAAAUAUAGUUGUAAUGAUAGUUUUGAUUAAUCAAGUUUAUAUCUUCUUAGGACUAUAUUGACCAGUCUCUACGACUACCUAGAUUGAUCAAUACAGGUUUCAGAAUAUCCGAACUUUAUCUAUCCAUAAUAAUUUAUACUAUCAUUAUGGCGGUGUCUGUGUGCUGCCCACUAUAUACCCAAUACUGUACUGUACACACUACACAGUUACACAUACAGGAAGAGGAAGACAUGAAACCUAAGAUUUGUUAUUGUAAAAGUGACAGGCAGGAAAUGUUACCAGUUUCCGGUACUAAUAAAAGUGUCAUUAAUGGUACAGACAGUAGAGCACAUUCCCAUUUAUUCUAACAAGUAAUAUUGUUAUGAUAUAUUUCCUGAGUAUAUAGAUGCAAUUGUUGUUAUACUACCUGUAUGAUUUGUAUGUUUUUCUGUGUAUCUCACUGUAAUUAUGUUUUAAAUAAAAUAUUGGAUUUUUUUUGGAUUGCUUUGUAAUCUUCAUUUAAGAAUAGUUGUAUUGUUUUGCUCUAUUUUAAAUGUUUUUAAUUUAUACUUUAGUAUGUCGCUAAUCAGGACCAUGAUGGAAAACAGCUUUCCUGAUCAUGUUAUUAUUCUCCAUAAACAUGUUGAAAUAAAAUAGUAAAUGAACAAAUCUAUAAUGUGACAUUACUUAUCAUGUUCUGGCUGUAAACAUUAGACAUACAUAUAAAUAUAAUUUGUUAUUACGAUUUUAUCACCUAAAUAAGGAAAUAAAGGAUGAAUUUUGAAGUUUAAA